CUCCCCGCGGCUGCCUGUCAGAGCGCUUCUGGAGAUAUUACAGAGGACCCAGCCCACAGCCACAGGCACAAAGUCACGGGGUAAUGAACUUCGGGGGCCCUUUGCCGCUGCGUGCGCGGCUCUCCCCGGAAACCGGGACCUGGCUGCCUCUUCCCGAAGAAGACUUCCCAGCAAUCUAGCUUUCCCACCCGCGCCGGGAUUCCGGCAGCAGGAGCCCAUCUGCCUGUGAGACUGCGGCGGCGUUUCCCCUCGCCUUAGAAGCCCAGCGGUCUGCAGGGAUCUGUCCACACUCUGCAUGCCUAUGUAGAGGGAGGAUGGAAGACUGAGGGUCAGGAAUGGGGAAAGAGAGGGAUUUUGCCCUUUUCGCUCCGUAGGAAGACCAUUUUCUCGUCUCCGUCUCUGUCCUGAACUCAGUACCCCUCCCGUGCUGUCCUCCCUUCUUCCUCAGUCAGCCUGUCCAUCUCUACAUCUGUCUGUCCAUGCGUGAGUCCGUAUCAAGCAGUAUUCCCAGCAGCGGCAGUUUUGCAAGAACCGGGAAGAAACUUAAGGAUGCUUAAAUUUCCACUGUGGAACGACUUCUGAGCGCCCCGGGAGUGGCGCAGAGCGCGACCGACACCCACCUGUCUGGCCCGGGAGCCUUGCAGGCUGGAGGGUGGCUGGAGAGCGGCGGCGCCCGGCGGAGAAGCGGGCGCUGCCGGCCGGGACUCGGGCGGCGCCCAUCAACCACUCCGCCCCGGGACCGCCAACAUGAGCAAGCCGGCGGGAUCAACAAGCCGCAUUUUAGACAUCCCCUGCAAAGUGUGUGGCGACCGCAGCUCGGGGAAACACUACGGGGUCUACGCCUGCGACGGCUGCUCGGGGUUUUUCAAACGGAGUAUCCGAAGGAAUAGGACCUAUGUCUGCAAAUCUGGAAACCAGGGAGGCUGCCCGGUGGACAAGACGCACAGAAACCAGUGCAGGGCGUGUCGGCUGAAGAAGUGUUUGGAAGUCAACAUGAACAAAGAUGCCGUGCAGCACGAGAGAGGGCCUCGGACGUCCACCAUCCGCAAGCAGGUGGCCCUCUACUUCCGUGGACACAAGGAGGAGAACGGUGCGGCCGCGCACUUCCCCUCCGCCGCGCUGCCGGCCCCGGCCUUCUUCACCGCGGUCACACAGCUGGAGCCGCACAGCCUGGAGCUAGCCGCGGUGUCCACCACCCCGGAGCGGCAGACCCUCGUGAGCCUGGCUCAGCCCACGCCCAAGUACCCACAUGAAGUGAAUGGGACCCCAAUGUAUCUCUAUGAAGUUGCCACAGAGUCGGUGUGUGAAUCAGCCGCCCGGCUUCUCUUUAUGAGCAUUAAGUGGGCUAAGAGUGUGCCAGCUUUCUCCACACUGUCUCUGCAAGACCAGCUGAUGCUUUUGGAAGAUGCUUGGAGAGAACUGUUUGUUCUAGGAAUAGCACAAUGGGCCAUUCCGGUUGAUGCUAACACUCUACUGGCUGUAUCUGGCAUGAAUGGUGACAACACAGAUUCCCAGAAGCUGAACAAGAUCAUAUCUGAAAUACAGGCUUUACAAGAGGUGGUGGCUCGAUUUAGACAGCUCCGGUUAGAUGCUACUGAAUUUGCCUGUCUAAAAUGCAUCGUCACUUUCAAAGCUGUUCCUACACACAGUGGUUCUGAACUGAGAAGUUUCCGGAAUGCUGCCGCCAUUGCAGCUCUUCAAGACGAGGCUCAGCUAACUCUCAACAGCUACAUCCAUACCAGAUAUCCCACUCAACCCUGUCGCUUUGGAAAACUCCUGUUGCUUUUGCCAGCUUUACGUUCUAUUAGUCCAUCAACCAUAGAAGAAGUGUUUUUCAAAAAAACCAUCGGCAAUGUGCCAAUCACAAGACUGCUUUCAGAUAUGUACAAAUCCAGUGACAUCUAAGUACUCUCUUUUCGGGAUGGGACAGUAUCAGAUGAACUUCUACCCAUGGAGAACAAGCCUUGACUAACCCAUCAGGAAGCAUAAAUCUGGGAAUGCAUAGCCUUCAGGAAAAAUGCCAAUAGACACAAAACAGUUCCAGUAGCGAUGACCUGCUGCCUCAACCAGGACUGGGCAGCCGGGAAGAAACAGGACUGGCUGAGUGGAAAAACAUGGCUGCCAUGCCCUGGGAGGUGGGCAAAUGGGGGGUUGCCACAGGCCAUGCUAUUCUGCCUCUUACCUGGAAGAUUAGGCUGAACCGUUAAAUGCUGAAACACAACUAGUGCUCUUUUCCCUUUUAGCAUAUAAAGUUGGGUAACCAAAUACAGCUCUGUAUAUAACAUCGUACUGCAGCCUUCAGAACUAUGUCAUGUUGGAGCAUUUAUUUUAAAAAUAAUGGUUAGGUUUUAAAUCAAAAGUAUUAUCAAAAGUUUCCCUUCUAUUGUAAUACAUCAUUAAGUGGCCUUCAGAAGUGAGUUAACAAGUGAAAAUAGCUUAUGCUGUGAUUUGCUUUUUCUCUAUUUUCUUUUUCCUUUCCUUUCCUCUGUUCUUUCUUUCCUUUUUGUCUUUCUUUCUCUCUUCCUUCCUUUCUUUCCUUUGAAAAUACCAUAGGCCAGGCAACCUUGUCAAAGGAAUUGGUGGAGGAAAACAAGAUUCUCACCAGGACUUCAGGUUGGAUAACAUCUCAAAAAUAGAAGAGCUUUACUAAAAGAACACAAGUGGAAGGAGGGUGAAUAAAAUCAGCAAAACCAAAUAAAGUGGAAAUGAGUGACUGAGUGAGGUAGAUUGCUGUCCUGUUAACAUAGUGCUGAAACCAAAGGCAAUGGGGGUCCCUAUUCGUGGCUCGGCGAGCCACACCGGACAGUACACGAGCAUGGACACGAUGCCAGGAGGAACUUAAGAUGCACGCUGCCAAGUUUCUGAAUUGAUUCAUUGCUAACAGCCUGAGACUCCAAUACCUUUCUGAAACUGGUGUUUAGUAAAGCCUUGAAUGCACACACAUGUACCCACACACGCGCACACACACACGCAUCAUCCUACACUAUAAGCUGCUCCUUUGGUAUGA